AUGAUUUCUCUAAUGUUUUCUAACUCGGGUUCAUGCAUGGCGGCCCUGAUUUUCUACACUUGUGUGUGGAUCCCGUAUCUUCAGUUCAAGAGCCUCGUUUCGAGCCUGCUGGUUAUCGUCUUCCCGCGGUCUCAGUCGGAGCGGGGGUUCCCGACGACUGGUGUUUGCCUCCCGGCUGCGAGGUUUGAAGAUUUGAAGCUUUCCGGCGGUGGCGACGGAGAUGAUGAUGGCGCGGUCUGCGCCGUUUGUUUGGCGGAGUUCGAUGACGGAGACGUUGUUAGCCGAAUCGAGAAAUGCCGGCAUGUUUUUCACAUGGAUUGCAUUGAGAAAUGGAUGGAAAGGGAUCACUUCACUUGCCCACUUUGCAGAUCUUUCUUGUUUCAUAAUGUGGUUUCUUCUCAUGCAAAAUGUGGAGACUUUGCUCCACACACAGAUUCUCACUUGGUUUCUUCAUGGCUUUCGUUCUGAUUUUUUUU